GCAAGCGGAUAGCACCUCAACCCCUACCUCUCCAGUAAGCAGAAGAUUCCAGCAACGGAACAACAUCAACUUACCCGUACCUACCGUACACUACAUAACUUACCUACAUCAACCCCCCUCAACCCCCAAACCUCCCAUCACACAUCCACAACUCAAAACCAACUAAGCCACCCACUCACGCACACCCUGAAAAACCAAAAAAGGAAAAAAAAAAAAAAAAAAUGCCCUGGCGCCCCCUCCACCCCACCGACCUCCCCGCCCUAACAACCAUCGCCAACGAAAUCCACCAAACCCUCCCGGAACGCCCGGAGAUAUUCGCCGAGCGCAUCCGCCUCUUCCCGGAAGGCUGCUGGGGCCUCGACGCCGAGAACAACGGCCAACUGGUCGGCUACGCCAUCUCGCACCCGAUCCGCGCGGGCCAGCCGCCGGCGCUGGACACGCUGCUGGGGCGGAUCGCGCCGGACGCAGACCAGUAUUACAUCCACGACGUGGCAAUCCUCCCGGGUGUGCGCGGACGGGGUCUUGCGGCGGAGGGGGUGCGGCGGCUUUUGGGGGUCGCGGAGCGGGGGCAUGAGACCACGGGGUUGGUGUCGGUUUAUGGCACGGAGAAGUUUUGGGGACGGUUUGGGUUUGGGGUUGUGGAGGUGGGAGAGGAGUUGAGGGCGAAACUGGGGGGUUAUGGUGGGGAUGCGGUUUUUCUUGUUAGGAGGAAUGAGGGUGCGAGGGGGUGAGGUAGAGGGGUUGAUUGGGGUUUGGCAAUCUCGCUGGGUAUAUGUCUGUUCUAUUUGGGCUCUAUUGGGUGUGAUUGCGGGACAUGUUGC